AUGGUGUCGAAUGAACGAAACUUCGAGGGCGAGGUCCCAGCUACUAGAGCACUUACGUCUUUCAUUGCCCAAGCAAGAGUUGAUCAACUCAGCGUCGAACUUCGCACCAAAGUCCGAGAAGUUUUGGUCGACUACUGUGGCGUUGCAGCUGGCGCACUGAACAAUGUGGAUUCGACGGAGCCAAUCUAUAAAGCCAUAUCUGCUUUGCAAGGCAAAGGAAACUCUGGAAUAUGCACUGUCAUUGGCCACGGAGAGCCGCACAUGCUACCACAGUAUGCAGGCCUACUCAACUCAGCUUUUGGACACUCUCUAGACUUCGACGAUACCUACGCAGAUGGAACUUUGCAUGCCGGUAUCACAACAAUCUCCGCUGCCAUGACCCAGGCAGAACUCCUGGGACAAGAAGCAAGCAGUGAUUUGUUCAUGCUUGCGGUGUGUGUCGGCUACGAGGUGACAUGUCGCCUAGGGCGAGAGUUGGGAUUGGAGUCUUACAAUCGUGGAUUUCACAACACAGCUACCGCGGGUAUCUUUGGUGCAGUCGCUGCCAUUGCGGCCCUGAAGCGAUUACCAGUCGAAUUGAUAGAUAUGGCUUUUGGGCUGGCGGGGAGUAAAGCUGCAGGCUCAAUGCAGUACCUUGACAAUGGCUCUUGGAACAAACGCCUUCAUCCUGGAUUUGCAGUUCACGACGCCUUCAUGUGCAUCAGUCUGGCCGAGGCGGGUGUUAUUGGAGCCACGAAAAUCAUCGAGGGCAAGAUGGGGUUCCUCCAGGCAUAUAGUCCCAAAACGGACCAAGAUCUUCAUCGUCUAGUUAAUGGGUUGGGAACAGAAUGGGUAUGGCUUAACUCUAGUCUGAAGCCGUUCCCAGCGUGUCGUAUGACCCACGGCUUCAUCGAGCUGACAGGAAAUAUACAUAACGCGGCACAAGUUAAGGCUGCGGACGUCGACAAGAUCGAGCUUAGGAUGCCGCCCGUCAACUUUCUGCUGAUCGGGGAUCCGACACCCAACAAAAUCCACCCGACAAACCACAUUGAUGCUCAGUUCUCGGUAUACUUUCAGGUCGCGAAUGCAUUACUGUAUGGCUCCACAACGGGUAUCCAGGCGUAUCACAAACUGCAAGAUCAAGAGAUAAAGUCUCUAUGCGCGAAGAUUGUUGUCAAGACAGACCCAUCUAUGGACGGCUUCGCGGCUGCACUGAAACUUGUGUGGUCCGAUGGCACUUUCGAGGAAUCCAGCAUGCGAUAUCCUCUAGGAGAGGUUCAGCAUCCUUUCAUUCGGGAUAAAGUCGAUGAGAAGUUUAUGAGUCUCGCAGAGCCGGUUUUUGGAGGCGACAAAGCAAAAGCUAUCAUUAAGCUGAUUGAUCACCUGGAAGAGCAUACCGUUCAAGAGUUGUUUUUGCUUUUAAGAUGA